CAAAUAAAAUGCUCGGCGAAUAACUCACUGUCGCAUAACUGUGAUGCAAUUCGGCGUUUUCACGGUCUUGGACCUACUCCAUUCAAACUACCGUCACUUCUUGCUCAUUGAGACCGAUUGGCGGCGCGCAUCGGCGAAUCAACUCAAACGUCAAUAACAGUUUCACGUCGGCAUAUUUACUUAAUUUGCACCGAAACAAACAAAAAUAUUGCGAAUCAAUGAAUUAUAAACUGAUGAUGAAACAAUCGAUUUUCCCGCACACAUAACCCCGAAAUACUUUUCGCCUGUAAAUAAAUACAAGUUUCGUUCAAAAGUAUCUCGCAAAAAUGUGGGACUCAGCGAUGUUCCUGAGUAGUCUCACGCCGAAAUUCUACGUGGCGUUAACAGGCACAUCAUCGCUAAUUUCCGGCUUAAUACUCAUCUUCGAAUGGUGGUAUUUCCGGAAAUAUGGCACUUCAUUCAUUGAACAAGUUUCUUUGAACCACAUAAGCCCAUGGAUAAGUGGAGUGGAAAACCCGCCAGAUACAACCAACGGCAACAACAACACAAACGGCAGCACGCAACAGAAUAACGUACCAGAGUGUAAAGUGUGGCGGAAUCCGUUGAAUCUCUACCGCGGCGCAGAAUAUCAACGGUUUUAUUGGGCCACCAACAAGGAACCUUUAACUUAUUAUGACAUGAAUCUAUCCGCACAGGAUCAUCAGACGUUUUUCACUUGUGAGGCAGAUGCAGGUAAAGCAGAGUAUGAAAUCAUGCAAACAGCAUGGAGGGAAAGAAAUCCAGUGGUAAGAAUCAAAGCAGCUCAUAGCGCUGUUGAAGCAAACACAGAAUGUGCACCAGCUUAUAUUCUCCUAGCUGAAGAAGAAGCCACAACCAUAACAGAAGCCGAGAAGAUCUUAAAAACCGCGUUGAAAGUCGCAGAAGCGAAUUAUCGCAAAUCUCAAAACUCACAACAUCAAGGUACACUCAUGGAAGGUUUACACCGGCGAGACACCAACGUGUUAAUCUACAUAAAACGUAGACUAGCGAUGUGUGCGCGAAAGUUGGGUAAGUUAAAAGAAGCAGUGAAGAUAUUCCGCGAUUUGACCAAAGAAGUCCCGCCGAUUAUGAACGUGCUGAACAUUCACGAGAAUCUCAUCGAAUGUCUGCUUGAAAUGCAAGCAUAUGCAGAUGUGCAGGCAGUACUGGCGAAAUAUGAUGAUAUUUCCCUGCCAAAAUCAGCGACGAUUUGCUACACGGCCGCUUUGUUAAAAGCACGCGCGGUAGCUGAUAAAUUCUCACCGGAUAUCGCGAGUAAACGAGGAUUGACACCGGCUGAAAUGACUGCAGUCGAGGCAAUCCACCGUGCAGUUGAGUUCAACCCGCAUGUACCGAAGUAUUUAUUGGAGAUGAAGCCGUUGAUUUUACCGCCUGAGCAUGUGUUGAAACGCGGUGAUUCCGAAGCGAUAGCGUAUGCGUUCUUCCACUUGCCGCAUUGGAAAAACAUGGAGGGUGCGUUGAAUCUCUUGCACUGCACCUGGGAGGGCACAUUUCGCAUGCUUCCGUAUCCGUUGGAACGUGGUCAUCUCUUCUAUCCGUAUCCCACGUGCACAGAGUGCGCGGAUCGGGAGUUAUUACCAGCGUUUCACGAUGUAUCGGUUUAUCCAAAAAAAGAGCUGCCGUUCUUUAUUAUUUUCACGGCUGGCUUGUGCUCGUUCACGGCGCUGCUGGCGCUGUUGACGCAUCAGUAUCCCGAACCGAUGGGAUACAUCGCCAGGUCGAUCUUCAACGGCAUGUCAUUACCAUUGUAUUAUUUAUAUGAGAAGGUCGAAGGCAUGUUGCCGUCGAACUUACUGCAACAACUUUCUAGAAUUUAGAUGCGCACAUCAAAUCAUUUUUAAGUAUUAUCCAUGUUGAUGUUUUGCUACUUCGUGACAAACUGACUUCAAUUUGAUCUAGCGAUAAGUUUACGUUGUGAAUGGACUUUCGUUGAGAAUUGUGGGUCUGUGGUAAGAGUUGUUAAAUUAUUAUUUUAAAUUUAAGUUAAGUGUUCAUCGAUGGAGCGAUGUAAAAUCGACGAAUUCAUGAACGUGCGCGUAUUUCUCGUGGAUUAUUUUGAGUGUUUAAUGUGGAGCGCAUGAGGGGGAAUAGAGAUGUUUCCAACUAUACUAUACGCAUGCGUACUGAUGAUGAAAUGUGAACAAAGUCAAGAGUAAACCUGAAAGGAUGAUUAACAAGUACAAAUGACUACAUCUCUAUUCAUUUUAUGUGUAUGUAAUUUAAAACAAAUUGUGAGCAUGAAGGCAUAUGAGAAGACAAAUGUACUGAAUAUUAAACGAUGAUCAUUGUACUCAA